GAAAGAACAACGAAUUGAUUGUAUGUCACGCAAAAACUGUUGCUUUUCAAAAUCAUCAGUUGAAUUCUCUAUCAACUCUACAGCCAAAACCAUAACUAUAGGUUUCUGCUGCUAAUCUUCUCACUGCCUUUCCCUCAAUUCUGGGCCGUUUCGAUCAUAAUUACUCUCUCAAAUCCCGUCAACUAUCAGUCAUCUGCUCAGUCAAUCUACCCCUCACAGAACCCAUUCUUUUCUCCCAAAGUUGAUCAAGAAUUGGUAUAUUUGCCUUGCAAUUAGUUUUCCAACGAUCAAGGAGAAAGCCUAGUUCAAGAACUGCCUUUAAUUUCAGUUUUCGAUGGAAUCCAAUCCGAUUCCCAUCUUUUCCACCUUCACUUCCCCGUUUGAGGGCUCUCCCAAGAUGAGUGAUUCAAGUUCUUCGACAAGAAAACCACUGAGUUUGUGGCCUGGGAUGUACCAUUCACCAGUGACACAUGCUCUCUGGGAAACAAGGUCUAAAAUCUUUGAAAGGCUUCUUGAUCCCCCACUUGAUGCACCCCCACAAAGUGAAUUGCUCACAAGAACCCCUUCCCAGAGCAGAAUGACUAUUCUCUACAACUUCUCUACUGAUUACAUACUGAGAGAGCAGUAUAGGGAUCCUUGGAAUGAGGUCAGAAUUGGGAAGUUGCUUGAAGAUCUUGAUGCUCUGGCUGGUACCAUUUCGGUCAAGCACUGUUCAGAUGAAGAUAGCACAACUAGGCCACUCCUUCUGGUGACUGCUUCUGUUGACAGAAUGGUGCUGAAGAAGCCCAUCAGUGUCGAUGUUGAUCUGCAAAUAUCUGGUGCUGUUACUUGGGUUGGCCGGUCUUCUAUUGAGAUUCAGCUUAAUGUCACUCAGCCUGCUACUGGGACAGCUGAAGCCACUGAUUCGGUUGCACUAACUGCCAACUUCAUUUUUGUGGCUCGCGACUACAAGACAGGCAAAGCUGCUCAGGUGAAUCGGCUGGCUCCUGAGACAGAAAGUGAAAAGCUACUCUAUGAAGCAGCAGAAACACAGUAUAAACUGAGAAAAAUGAAGAUUAGAGAUGAGCAUAAGGUGAUUGAGAUUGAGAAUGGAGGGAUUAAUAGAUUUGAAGCAUUACUGGCUGAGGGACGGAUCUUCUGUGACAUGCCAGCACUCGCAGAUAGAGACAGCAUUCUUCUCAAAGACACUCGCCUUGAGAACUCCUUAAUUUGUCAGCCACAGCAAAGAAACAUUCAUGGUCGGAUCUUUGGAGGGUUUCUGAUGCACAGAGCUUUUGAAUUAGCUUUUUCAACAGCUUACACUUUUGCAGGCAUGAUGCCAUCAUUUCUGGAAGUUGAUCAUGUUGAUUUCCUCAGACCAGUGGAUGUUGGAGAUUUCUUGCGAUUCAAAUCAUGUGUGUUGUAUACAGAACGUGAGAAUUCAGAUCAGCCGUUAAUCAAUGUAGAAGUUGUUGCUCAUGUUACGAGGCCUGAAUUCAGGUCUACUGAGGUGUCAAAUAGGUUUUACUUCACCUUCACUGUUCGGCCUGAGGCAAAGGCAAAGAAUGCUGGCCAAAGGAUCAGAAAGGUGGUUCCAGCAACGGAGGAGGAAGCACACAGAAUUGUUGAGCGCAUGGACGCUGAUUCUUGGCAAUCGAUCAUGCACGUUAACCACUGAACUUCACACUAGGCACUUUGCCGCAUCUUAUAGUGUUCUUGCUGUAAUACUCGUAGGAAUUUUAGUCCUUGCAUAUCUAACCAGUGGAAAACUCGAAUACGAGCAACUAAUCUUAAUAAAUUCUUGUAUGUAAAAGUAAUGAGAAACAUCUUAUGAAAUCUGACUAUAUGUUGUUCCUGCUUAUGAAUUAGUGACUAAAUUUAU